UCCACUGUCUUGGUCAGGACGGAGCUGCUGAAGCUGCUACUGACCUGUUUCUCUGACGCCAUGUACCUGCCCCCCUCUGCUGAGAACAACAUCCUCAACCCCUGGGUUACCUUCUUCAGCUCUACAGACAACCGGUAACACACACACACACACUUUAUGACUGAUGAUUUAGUUUAAAGCGUGUGCGUGUGUUACACUAAUCCUAACCUCUUCCUCCCCGUCCCAGACAUGCCCUGCCUCUCUUCACGUCUCUCCUCAACGUGGUGUGCGCCUAUGACCCAGUGGGGUACGGUAUCCCCUACAACCACCUGAUGUUCUCUGACUACCGAGAGGUGCUGGUGGAGCAUGCUGUCCAGAUCCUCAUAGUGACUCUGGAGCACGAGACUGGGGCAGCCCAACACAACCUGGACCACUCAGACUCCCUCUCCGCCUCUGCCAUGGAAGACCAGGAGGUAAAAGAGACCCUGAAUCUCAAAUCCCUUACCCCACAGAUAUCAAACUCAUUCCAAGGAGGGCUGAGUGUCUGCAGGUUUUCGCUCCUCCCUUGUACUUGAUUGAUGAAUUAAGGUCCCUAAUUAGUAAGGAACUCCCCUCACCUGGUUGUCUAGGUCUUCAUUGAAAGGAAAUACCAAAAACCAGCAGACACUAGGCCCUCUAUGGAAUGAGUUUGACACCCCUGCCUUACCUCUGAGAGAUCUGGACAGGAAUAAACAACAUGGUGGUAGCUCCAGCUUGUCUUUGGCCACGUGGAAUUGUUGGUUGUUGUAUCAUCUGAUAACUUUUCUCUUCCUUGUGUUCUCAGCCUGUGGGACCAUACAACCUGUUUGUAAACUACCUGUCAAGGAUCCAUAGGGAGGAGGUAAGAGACUAAUGUACACUGUUCAAACGGUCAAUCCAGAGCCAUAUGACUCAAUGGGUCAAUCAGAGGUCCUUUUUUAACCCUUCAAGUCACAGUAAAGUGAUAGAAGGUUGUUGUUUUGUCCUUCCUGUCUUUCCCCAGGACUUCAACUUCAUCCUGAAGGGCCUGGCCAGACUGUUGACCAACCCUCUGAUCCAAACCUACCUGCCCAACUCUACCAAGAAAAUCCAGUUCCACCAGGAACUCCUGGUGCUCUUCUGGAAGCUCUGUGACUUCAACAAGGUUCGGACUGGAGCGCUAGCACCGGCAUCCCAUCAUACCUACAUUGAAGGAUACAACAGUGCUCUAGUAGCCUUAAUACUAUCAUAGAUGGACUAGUAGUCUCACCCCAUCACUUCUAGCCUGGUCCCAUAUCUGUUUGUGAUUUCAACAAGGUUUUGGAGCACAUAGAGUGCUUCUGCCUAAGACCAUCCUAGGUCACAUGGUUCCUAAUUUCUGUUCUAGCCUCACUCUUCACAGCUGUCCCCCCUUCUAGCCUCAUGCUUCACAGCUGUCCCCCUUUCUAGCCUCACUCUCCACAGCUAUUCCCCUUCUAGCCUCAUGCUUCACAGCUGUUCCUCCUUCUAGCCUCACUCUUCACAGCUGUCCCCCCUUUCUAGCCUCACUCUCCACAGCAAAUCCCCUUCUAGCCUCACGCUUCACAGCUGUUCCUCCUUCUAGCCUCACUCUUCACAGCUGUUCCCCCAUCUAGCCUCACCCGUCACAGCUGUUCCCCCAUCUAGCCUCACCCGUCACAGCUGUUCCCCCAUCUAGCCUCACCCGUCACAGCUGUUCCCCCAUCUAGCCUCACCCGUCACAGCUGUUCCCCCAUCUAGCCUCACUCUUCUCAGCUGUUCCCAACAUUAGUGGUCCUUAGUCGUAUAUUUACAGCUCAUUGAAUAAGAAUAAUUUAGCAGCUCUCGUUUAGGUUAAUUAAGAACACUGUGAGGGGUAUCUAGAGAGUAGGGUAAAGUGGCACAUCUGUGUUUGUUAGGUGCCACGGUCUCUGGAGCUCUGUGCCACACACUGCCUCUCACAUCCAUCCACCUCUCAACACUUUCUGCAUCCCAAUUCUCUACCCUUCUGCACCUCAACACUGUGCCAUUUAUCGAUCUGUGCUGCCUGGUAUAUGCCUCAUUGCGUCGCACGUUGACUACAUGUUUACGUCCUCCUCUCUCUCACAUAGGGGAUGCACUGAGGAGAUGAGGUGCCUUUUAAAGUGUUUCUCUCUAAAUAAAUGUUUCAUGUUUCAUCACUUAAGUUUGCAGCUUCUCUAGAGGGCAAGGUCUAAAAGAUUGUGAUAAUAAUUUAAUUUUAACUUUGACAAGUCCUGUCUAAAGUGUUUGUGUCUAACCUCUGGGUUUCUGUCUCUGACAUUUUUAAGUACAGUACUGUUGUUCCUAACUGUUUCCACACUGUACAGGCUAGACUAUUCAUAUAAUAUUGAAGCUCACUCUCAUAGCCCCUUUGUGGGCUAAAAGAGAUUUAAAAAAAAGAACUUUCUGUUUUUUUGUGUUUCAGAAGUUUCUGUUCUUCGUGUUAAAGAGCAGUGAUGUUCUGGAUGUCCUGGUGCCUGUCCUGUUCUACCUGAAUGAUGCACGGGCUGACCAGUGUGAGUCACACAGAACUGUGUGUGCGUGCACGUUCCGAAUGCAGUCUGUGUAUGUCUUGGGAUUGUUGGGUACUAGGGGUACAUGCACUCUGUCUUAGUUUAUAGUGUGUGUUUGUGUGACAUGUACUGUGUGUGUGUGUGUGUGUGUGCAGCUCGUGUGGGCCUGAUACACAUCGGUGUGUUCAUCCUGCUGCUGCUGAGUGGAGAGAGGAACUUUGGUGUGCGUCUGAAUAAACCCUACUCGGUACGAGUCCCCAUGGACAUCCCUGUGUUCACUGGAACACAUGCUGAUCUGCUCAUCAUGGUGAGUAGUGCUACUGGUGCUGUGUGGAUGGGAGACGUCUCAAUGCUUCCCUGGAUGGGUGUGGAAUGAGGGAAUUAUAUAUUUUACCAUGCACUGAUGAAGGUCUUUGUUGACCGAAAAGCCUGGCACAUAAACGGAAAUUAGCAUUGAUUCAAGUGUGUGGAGACUAUUCAUAGUACGCUAUUAAGAUAACUGUCCACAGUUGCCUUAUGUUAGUUCAUUUGUGAUUGUCUAGAUUUUCCACAAAAUCAUCACGGGUGGACACCAGCGCCUGAAGCCUCUCUUUGACUGCCUGCUUACUAUCAUAGUGAACGGUGUGUUACUAUUCUAUUUAAAUCUGUGGGUGAGUGUCUGACUGUCAGUGAAAUGGUCGCCACCUGUUGGCUGCAUCUGGGUAUUGCAGUUUCUUGACACCAGUACUCCUCCAUCCUCCAGUGUCUCCCUACCUGAAGAGUCUGUCCAUGGUAGCAGCCAACAAGCUGCUCCACCUCCUCGAAGCCUUCUCCACCAACUGGUUCCUGUUCUCUGCCUCCCAGAAUCAUCAUCUGGUCUUCUUCCUGCUCGAGGUCUUCAACAACAUCAUACAGUACCAGUUUGAUGGUAAGGCCCAGCUGUUAGUUAGCUCGGGUCCCAGAUCACUUUGUGCUGUCUUGCCAAACAUGGCAAUGAGUGACAAGGAGUUGGCAAGACAGCACAAAGUGUUCUGGGACCCAGGCUCUAUAGACUCACGUUGUCAGUCGUCACACAGUAGUAGAGCAAACCUGGGGUCGAGAGGUUGGCUCACUCCUCGAAAGAUUUUAGCGAGCACUGACUUGGCAGUAUCUCUUGGCGGACAAUGAGAUUGCGUCAACAUGGUUGAUGUUAAAUGACCAGAACAUAAACUACCAGACUGACACUAUUUAAAAGCACUUUUUUCUGGAAUGUGCCUUUAAACGUUGACAUUAUAAACAUGCCCACUGUUUGUUCCUCCUCCUUCCAGGUAACUGUAACCUGGUGUAUGCCAUCAUCCGUAAGCGCAACAUCUUCCAUCAGCUGGCCAAUCUGACCUCUGACCUGGCCACGAUCCACAAGGUAAAGAGAGAGCGAGAAUAUGCUCUCUAAUGUAGAACUCUAUCCUUUAUAGAAUACAACUUUGUCCAUGUUACAGUGAACAGGGGAUCUUAAAAUGAAAAAGGGGCCAGCACUCACUUGACACAGUUGCAGCUGAAUCAUUGAAGCUUUAAUUUAUAAUGUCCUUCUCCAUCCACAUAACAAGGCCCUACAGAUGAAGAAGAAGACCCUGGCUGGUAUCUCCCGUACCAACUCCCAGGAGACCAUCUCCAUGGAUGGGUCCCGACCGGCCGUCCCAGCCGAGCCAGGGACCCUCAAAGCCAGCCUCGUGGCAAUACCAGGUACCCCCCUCCUCUUUGGAGCUCUCCAUGCAUGCAUGCAUGUAUUUUGCAAAGCACAUUUCCCUAUCGUAUGUUAAUGUUUUCUAUUAACUGGGCUUUGCCGGGUGUCCACUAAGCUUCACUCUACAACUCGGUUCAUCACAGAUAUUGGAAUUCUCAAAGCCCUUUUAUCAAAACAUUUUUAAAAACAGCAGUUGAUUUGGUUUUGUCAUUUUCACGAAAUAUCAUAGCAACCCCUUAUUUGAGAUCAGUUUCAUUGUUAGAAACCAUUGAACAAUUCUCUAAGGGUCUGUGUUGUCACUGUAGCUAUUGACAAGCUGACAGAGAAGGCUCAGGUCUCUGAGGAUGGCACCAUGGUCUGUCUCCAGCACAACACACACUCCCCACAGAUGGCCGCUGACCAGCACACACACUCUCCGCAGCCUCAGACGGCUGGUGACCAGCACAAACACUCGCCACAGUCUGCUGACUCUAACACCAGUGGUAAAGCAGGAGCCAGCGACACAGAGUCCAACUCAGGGAGAGACACCGAGGUAAGAGCUCUGAUUAGGGUCAUGAACCCAGCUCACUGGAAAGCAAUCCUUGGGGGAAUCAUUUAGAGUGAAUAACGAAUAUGUAUCGGGACAAUGUAUACAGAUAUACAGUACGUAACUUCUCCGUGACAUGAUUUCGUGAAGAAAAUGCUGUUGAGCCUAGUGACUACUACAAUGGUUAUUAUUUUUCCUGUCAGGAGGCCUUUCAACCAGAGUCAGAACCGGCCAGGAGUCGUUUGUCCAGAGUGUCAGCAUCAGCUACAUACUGGAACCCCACUCCAGACUGGGUAAGAGCCCUCCCUCCCCUUUCCAUUGAACCCUAAACAUGCAGUACAUUCACAGCUGGGGUGUUAUGGACAUCAUUGGUAAGAUCCUUCCUUCCUUCCUUCCUUCCUUCCUUCCUUCCUUCCUUCCUUCCUUCCUUCCUUCCUUCCUUCCUUCCUCCCGAUAGAUGGUGACCUGCUCUCCUUUCUCUGUACUGUUCUCUGUCAGGUCCUCUCCUGGAAGAGGAAGCUUCCUCUCCAGACGAUCAUGAGGCUGCUACAAGUCCUGGUUCCUCAGGUGGAGAAGAUCUGCAUAGACAAGUAAGAGAGGUGGAUCCUACUCUUUCCAACAGAGUUAAAUAGGGGAGAGGGGGGUGGGUCACAUUUCAAUUCAAGAGAGUAGGACUGAGAGAAUCUGUAGGAUUCAAUAGGAUCAUGUGAUUUUGAUUGUGGAACCCAUAAGUGACCAGAACACAGAGUGAUCAAUAGAAUUCCCUAGAACUGGAUUAGCAUAGAUGAGAGAGAUUAAAUGUAUGGGUAUAACCUGCCCAGGGACCGUAGUAAAAAAAUAGCUGUCUGGCUAAAACGGGCACUUUUACAGUAAUGUUGAUUAAUGUGCACUGGCUAAAACUGGCACUUUUACAGUAAUGUUGAUUAAUGUGCACUGUCCCUGUAAAACUAAUUGUACUGAAGUAUAUGUCUAUCUCCUCCAGGGGCCUGACAGACGAGUCAGAGAUCCUGAAGUUCCUGCAGCAUGGUACCCUGGUGGGCCUGCUACCCGUGCCUCACCCCAUCCUCAUCAGGAAGUACCAGGCCAACGCGGGCACCGCCAUGUGGUUCCGCACAUACAUGUGGGGUGUCAUCUACCUACGGUAA